GAGCCGGCGCGUCCCGUCCGCGGCAGCUGCCGGGCGGGAAGGGGCGCGGGGGGUGCGGCCGCCUCUGGCCCGCGCGCGUGGGGGUUGUCUGUGGGAAGAGCUGAAACCCCCCGGUCGGAAUGCCUGGGUGUUGGUAGAGCCGUGUUUUCGGCGGGACAAGCGGGCGCCUCUCCGUGUCCCCAGGAUGGAGCGGACGCACCAGCUGGAGCUGUUCCCUAACUACAGCGUCACGCUGCUUCUCUUCCGACACGUGAAAAACGCCGCUGCUCUACGGAAAAAAGCCAUGGAAGGAUCCAUCGAAGGAGCGCUGAUAAACCCUGCGAUGAUUGUAGAUCCUUUUCAAAUUCUCGUGGCAGCCAACAAAGCAGUACAUCUACAAGAGAUAGAUAAAAUGAAGACCAGAACUCUCUAUGCAGAAAUUAUUUUCAAUCUUUCACCAAACAAUAAUAUUUCAGAUGCAUUUAAAAAGUUUGGCAUUUCAGACAGUGACACAGCAGUACUCAUUGUUCUGCUGGAUAGCUACAAAACUGUAAAUCUGGAAGAUAUAGCAUCACAAGUGGAAGGCCAACAGGUUUCUCUAGAUGAACUCCCCCAGCUAACAGACACUGCCAGAGUUAAAAAGAUAUACAAAGUUACUCCACAAGAAGAAAAAAUCAGCACCUUAUUGGAUAGUGUUGUUUGCAGAAUGUCAACGAAAGAUGUCUUAUGAAAAUGUGGAAAUACAUUUUUUAAAAGGAAAAAGGACUUUUUAAGGUGUAAAAACACUUCAUUGCAGUUCAUCUUGCAUUUCAGAGAAAGUGGAAUAGUACUGAGUAGUUUGAUGACAUCUGAUCUUUAACCAAGUUUGGAUACCAAGCUUAGUAAUCUUAUCUGUGUUCUAAGCACAGAGAGCAAUUCUGCCAUGCAAAGCAGAAUUUGCCUUUGGUAUUUCUGUCCUUUUUCUUUACAAGGGAAAAUUGCCAGUGCUCUAAGCUGAACAUAAACAGAAGGAUUGGAAAUCUCUA